AUGUCUCUGUACGACUACUAUAGGCACCAUAGUGGUACCAUGUCUUUAUACGACCACUAUAGGCACUAUAGCGGUAUCAUGUCUCUAUAUGAUCACUAUAGGCAUCAUAAUGGUACCAUGUCUCUGCACUGUAGUGGUACCAUGACUCUGUAUGACCACUAUAGGCACUGUCGACGUACGAUCUCUCUAUACGACCACUAUAGGCACCAUAGUGGUACCAUGUCACUGUAUGAUCACUAUAGGCACUAUAGUGGUGCUAUCUCUCUGUAUGACCACUAUAGGCACCAUAGUGGUACAAUCUCUUCAUACGAUCGCUAUAGGCACUAUAGAUGUACCCUCUCUCUAUACGACCACUAUAGGCACCAUAGUGGUACCAUGUCUUCAUACGAUCACUAUAGGCACUGUAGUGGUACCAUGACUCUGUAUGACCACUAUAGGCACUAUAGACGUACCAUCUCUCUAUACGACCACUACAGGCACCAUAGUGGUACCAUGUCUUCAUACGAUCACUAUAGGCACCGUAGUAGUACCAUAUCUCUGUACGACCACUAUAGUGCCCCUCGCAAACAUCAUCACAUAGCGCCACAGUGGCUCUACCGGCUCACCCAUUUCAAUUGA